CCUAGAUGGGUGAAUUCGAUUCAAGAUAUUUAGAGGCACUUCCCCUAGCAUGAAACACUGCAAUACGAUCAAUCAUCACAAUUCGAGCAUCCCUUUAUUUGCACUGCCGAGUCUUUCUUGUAAUCACUCAUCCAUUUCAACAUGGAAGCCACUUCAACAACAAUAUGGGAUGGAAUGCUAGGGGCAUGGCAAAGCCAUCCAGAUCAUGGGCGAACGAACCAAUUCGAAACGACAGAUGAAGAAUGGCUGAGAGUGGGGAUACCCCAAUUCGCCAAUCAAGCCAGCGAGACUCAAAUGUUUGCUCCGGCAUCGUACUCACAGCACAUGCAUACGCAUUCAAAUGCCACGCCGACAACAUUGACAUAUGAAGAUCUUCCUCCCUAUCUCAUAGAAGCAAGUCACACUAGCGGUAUGAAAGAGGGAGAAGGAGGAACACAUCAUAUACAGACCAAGUCAAGGCGCGGUAAGGGUGGCACCGACUCUGCAAGUGAUCGUCGACGAGCCCAAGUGAGACUCGCACAACAAGCGUAUCGCCAGCGACAGGAAGCAGCUGUUACCUCGCUAGAACGGCAAGUCAGCGAUCUACGGGCUCGUCUCAAGGAGGUUCAAGCGACUUUUGACCGCUUUCACGACCUUGCUGAUAGCCGUGAUGGUUUGAGGAAUGAUCCUGAGCUUUCCAAACACCUUGAACACACAGCUGAGCAGAUCAAGUUAGUGAUUGCAAUGCCGUCGCAAUCCAGGGAGGGCGAGAUUUCAGCGAGGGUAUCUGAGGAUGUAAGAACGUCUGCACAUCGUGAGUCACUGUCGGGAUCCGAGCCGAAUGCGCUUUCAAUGCCGGGGAGUUCGGGUGGAGCAAGCUCACCAGAUACCACCUCUCCGAAACCAAACCUGUGGGCUAGUCCCCGAACUCUGAACGUUUCAGAUGAAAGUUUAAGUAUAGAGCUUCCGUUCUCGACACAGCUUCGUAACGCAGCUUUGCUGAAUGGCUAUCACCUAAUUUCAAACAAGUCGACGCCGUACCCUAUUCUCUGCAAAGGCUUUCGCUUCUGCAUUUUUCACAGUACUAGAGAUGACAUAGCACGGCAUAUUCAAGAACUCCUUGAAGAGUCGAAUACAAGUAUCACGGAAGGGAUCACUGAGGAAUCUGUGAGAAAGUCUGCGAGUCAUGUGUUGAGGAAACGUACUUUGUCACGAUCAACAAAAAUAAGCGAGGAUGCCGAACCGUGCACGACAGGAGGAGCCGGCGAGCCCCAAACAAAUCUGCAAGAUGACAGCGCGGAGUAUGUAGAUUCAGAAGCUGUACAGCGGUAUCUGGUGAGGAAAGGUAUCGACAUUCAACCUGGUGUAGGUGCGGUUACGCUUCAGAUGCCUUCAAAACUUGAAAGUGAUGAUGGGAAGACAUUGUUCAGGGAGCUUUUUGGAGACAAUUCUGUGACUCUCAGCACGAGUAAACAUUUAUACGAAUUAGUUCACAGAGCAGUUUGCUUGAGUUUCGGGCCGGGAAUUCGACCGAAAGACAUUGACGAAGCUGUUCGAUCAACCAUGUUGGCUGCUGUCUGAUAGACGAUCUACUUUUCAAAAGAGAGUUCAAUAAAUCAGCAUCAAAACAGUUAUAGCUCGUUUGGAUUUCUGGUAAUUAUUAAAAUUCUUCUUUGAC